AUGAAACCCGGGCUGAUACCCGAAUCUGCCUCUCGAUCGGCUUCGCUGCAAACAAAAAAUAUGAACGCCGGGACGUGGACAGACGGACACACAGUCUUCUGGGGCGACUUCCAAUGCCAAGGAUGCUUCGAAAUACCGCUGAAGGGGGUGCGGUUCCGAUGCCUCGAGUGUCCCGACUUCAAUCUCUGUGCCGAAUGCAUGCCCAUGUCAAGCCAAUACCACAGCAGGCACCCAAACCACAAAUUCUUCCAGUGGGAAACCCCGCACAUCUGGAGCAACGUGCACUGCGAUUGCUGCAUGCGGCCUAUCGUCAACGAGCGUUGGAGGGACCAGUACGAACCCAGAAUCAACCUCUGUGCCGGCUGCUUUAUCGAACGAGAUGUCCACGGCUACAACGGCUACUUUGAGCUCGUUGGCUACAACCAAGCCUGGGGCAACGUCGGCUGCGAUCGCUGUGGAAUCGAGCCCAUCACCGGCGGCCGGUGGAGGUGCCAGCGAUGCGACUCGUUCAAUCUCUGCCACGACUGCUACAAAUUCCACCUCGAUACCGACAAGGCAUUCCACGGCGACGACCACCCCUUCGAUCUCUGCUCACCCCAUGUCGCUGGCGCUCCGAGGGAGGUAUCGACAUCCAAUUUUCACUCGACCGAGCCACCGGCUGGCACCAAAGUCGUAGCCCCUCCGCGAGCUAUUAACGGUCUCAGCACCGACGAAAUCGAGUCCGCGCUGGCGUGCUCGGUGUGCCUGGAGCUGCCAGUCCAGGCACAGACCAUCAGCUGUGGCCACAUGUUUUGCUACAUCUGCCUCUACAAUCUAUGGAAGAGCACACCUUCCAAGCGAUGCCCCUGCUGCCGCGACCAGCAGCACAACAACCGCCCUCCCAACCGAGCCAUCGCCGUUGACCAACUCAUCGAGUUGCUCAUGGCAAAGUGCCCUGACGCGGCAGCCAAGGACGAGUACAAAAACAGGAAGACAGAGGCCGAGCAGCAUUUUCGACAGCAGGGUUGGCGGCAGCUCUUCACGACAUGAACGGGGAGGCAGCCGCGAUCUCAUCAGAUUUGUGUAUGGAGCAGAGAAAGACAACCCAGAGAGCCGUCGUUACCGCAUGGUUUCUACCAAAUGAUUCCCUGUUGGUUCAUCGCCACCACCCGACCACCUUCACCACCACCACUACCACUACCACGAUCACUACCACCGUCACCACCGUCACUACCGU